AUGUCUCCAGGGCACCAGCAGUACUGGCUUCCGGGCUAUGGACUGUCCCGACACAUCGUCCUCGGACAGAUUCAUUGCUUUCUAGGCCCAUCCGCCUCGGCCAGGCCGUAUAGUUAUCAGGUACCCAUGGCUCUUCUUUCUCUGCUGGACUCUGGACGUGAAGGGUAUCUUAUCACAGGCAUGCCUCUUACUCGGCAAGUUCAGGACCAGAUUGACGACUUGGCAGCCAUGUCGCGAGAAUAUGAGAAACAAGAAGCCCUACGGAUGACCACUCAUUCGUCCAGCGCUUCCAUCCAGAUCAGUCCCGGUGCCGGUGGAGAUGGAUCAUCCAGAAGAUCCUCGGAGCCCUACAUCAACGAAAUCAUUCCAGUGGAUUUUCAAAGGACUCGUAGACGACCCGUGGAGCAGACUUCUUCCCGGACCAGCCAUUGA